AUGCAAUUGCGUCAUCGAGAAUUCAAUUGUCUGGGAGCUUUAGGUCACCAUCGAAAUCAAUCUGAAAAAGAAGAAGAAGCUAGUCAUGACCGAAAAAAUACUGAUUCAAAAAAAAUGGAGAAAAAACCGCUUGAAGAACUUUUCUUCCCUGAUAUUACUCCCUUGAAAAGAAGCAUAAUUUCAAAUGCGAGAAAAGCUACUUCUUCAGUCAUAAGAAAAUGCGAUGAUUUUGCCAUUUCCGGAAGAAGAAAUUUCACUCCGAAAAACAUUCUGGUUCUUGCUUUUCUGGCGAUGCUUCCUCUUUCGAUCCCACAUUUGCGAAACCUGAAAAUGAAGAUUGGCAGAAUAGCUUCUUCACCUCCCGCCCUCUCAAUUCCCGACUUUCCCGACUUUCCGAAAAUCUCCUUUCCAGAGCUUCCAGCGGUCAACUUUCACUCUAAAACGAGCCGCCACGAAGUCAAGAAGUGCGGAGAAUCAGAAGACAUCAUAAACCUGCGUAAAGAACUAAUAGAGCUUCGAGAAGAGCUUGAUGAUCUCCGAAAAAAUCCUCUCAACGCGGAAAAAGUCAAGGAGGAACUUCAAGAAAUUGUUUAUUCAACUCUUGAAGACAAGACGGGCAUGGCUGAUUACGCGCUAGAAUCAGCAGGUGCAGAAGUUCUCGAAAAAUGGACGACUCCGGGAAUCCCGACUGGAAACGCUUUGAUGAAGAUUUGGAACAUGCCGAUUUUCUACCAGACAAUGUCUCCUAGACUUGCUCUUCAACCGAAUGUGCAUCCGGGGAAUUGCUUCGCGUUUGCGGGAGAUACAGGCUUUCUGACGGUCAAGCUCGCUCGGCCGAUUUACCCAACCAAUUUUACCAUCGAGCACAUUCCAAAGGCACUGUCAUUUGGCGACAUAAGCUCUGCUCCGAGAAACCUGACUCUGGAAGUAUUCAACCCUAUUUCCGGAAAAGGCAGCAUCGUCGGCACCUCAACAUUCAACAUCGACGGUUUUCCCGUUCAGACCUUCAGGACUUCCAUUACUGAUGCUCUUUCUAAACCAACUCAGUUCAUACGACUAAGAAUCAAUUCAAACUGGGGAAAUCCCAAUUUUACUUGUCUCUACCGACUCCGUGUUCAUGGAUCUCAACAUGAUUUUUAA